CGGGCGAGCGGCGGCAGGGUCGGAGCUUUGGUGCGGGAGCAGCGGGGUGCGGGUCCCCGGGGGUGCACCGAGAAGAGGCGACGGCGGCUGCAGGGCGGAUACCGACAGGGGAGCCCCUUCCUCCGCCGCCACUGCCGGGGAAGGAUUGAGGUGCCGCCACCGCUGAGCCGUCUCCACUCAUCAGGUCUGUUUUCUGUUUACAAGCCUGAAGAUGGCUGCUGCUUCUUCCUGCAGUGUUGAAGAAGACGAGAGCCUGAAGGGAUGUGAACUCUAUGUUCAGAAGCAUAACAUCCAACAGAUUUUAAAAGAGUGUAUUGUAAACCUUUGCAUAGCAAAGCCAGACCGACCCAUGAAGUUCCUCAGAGAACACUUUGAAAAAUUAGAAAAGGAAGAAUGCAAACAAAUACUGGCUCGUCAGAAAUCCAGUUCCCAGUCUGAUUCUCAUGAUGAUGAGAUUUCUCCUCCUCCUCCAAACCCAGUGGUAAAAGCCCGACGCAGGAGAGGGGGAGUCAGUGCAGAAGUGUACACUGAGGAAGAUGCUGUUUCUUACGUCAGAAAGGUUAUUCCAAAGGACUAUAAAACUAUGACUGCUCUGGCAAAGGCCAUUUCCAAGAACGUGCUCUUUGCUCAUCUUGAUGACAAUGAACGAAGUGACAUAUUUGAUGCCAUGUUUCCCGUCACACACAUCGCAGGAGAAACAGUCAUACAACAGGGUGAUGAAGGAGACAACUUCUAUGUGAUUGACCAAGGCGAGGUGGAUGUUUAUGUCAACGGAGAGUGGGUCACCAGCAUCGGAGAAGGAGGCAGCUUUGGGGAACUGGCAUUGAUCUAUGGAACACCGCGGGCUGCCACUGUCAAAGCCAAGACAGAUCUCAAGCUCUGGGGCAUCGACAGAGACAGCUACAGACGCAUUUUAAUGGGCAGCACACUGAGAAAGCGGAAGAUGUAUGAAGAAUUCCUAAGCAAGGUCUCCAUUUUGGAGUCCCUGGACAAAUGGGAGCGGCUGACAGUGGCUGAUGCUCUGGAACCUGUCCAGUUUGAAGAUGGGGAAAAAAUUGUUGUUCAGGGAGAGCCUGGUGAUGACUUCUUCAUUAUUACAGAGGGCACAGCUUCUGUUCUGCAGCGCAGGUCUGACAACGAGGAGUAUGUGGAAGUGGGAAGACUUGGUCCAUCAGAUUAUUUUGGUGAGAUAGCGUUACUGCUCAAUCGGCCCCGGGCUGCUACGGUGGUGGCACGUGGACCCCUGAAGUGUGUAAAGCUGGACCGGCCCCGCUUCGAACGAGUGCUUGGUCCUUGUUCCGAAAUCCUCAAGAGAAACAUUCAGAGAUACAACAGUUUCAUUUCUCUCACCGUCUAAAUGAUUCCUGCUGGAAAGCUGCCUCUGUGUGACCUUGUGCACUUCAAUUUGCUCUGUACAGCUCCAUAGCUUUAUGAGGAAAAAGAUUAAAAGUGUGCAUUUUACACGUAUUCUUUCUGUUCAUGUCACGCAGUGGAUGUCAGUUCAAAUCUCAUGUAUCAUGUAAGUAGGAAGACAAAUGUUUGGAUAAGACUAGCUUUGGAAGAUUAGGCUCUUGGCUUGCAGGCAAGAUUUUUACCUGUUGUUGUAUCAUGUAGCUUAAAACUGUGUUUUUAACUAUUUAAAAUACGUAUGAAUUUCUAUUUCCUUCAUUACCUUGAAAGUUGGUCUUAUUCACCUUUGUCAAGCUUCUUUCCUCAAGAGAUGUCCCUCUGCCUGUCACUUUUAAAAGACUUUUCACUGGUUCUGGACUGGAGGUUUCUGAAAUCCCAUAGGGUGAGUGUCAGUGACAUAGUUUAAGAGGGAAAGUUGGAGGAAGGUUUUGAUCAUUCCAGCAAGCCAGGGAAAAACAGAGCUUUUGAGAAAUUUUGUCUGUGGCUUAGAUACAGGGGCCAUAUUCCUCCAUGUUACAAGCCCUUUCAAGUCUGCUUUGUAGGAUAUGCUAAACCAGACAGCCUGCUCCAGUCUUCUGGGUGAAGAGGUCAGGGGACAAUGGUUUCUAAGAAUUCAGACGAAGCCUUUAGAACCCCAGUUAUUUGCCCUCAGAUCUUUUCAAAUGAGGGUUUGCAUUAGAACCCUUAAAAGUCCAGCAGGAACAUCCUUGCUGAAUUAAGUGGGCUUCAAAACGUACUUAUCUGCAGCAGUAUCCUCAGCCACUUCUCUGAAUAUUGUAUGUAAUGCUGAAGAGAUGGUGCCAGGUGCGCCUCAGAGGCAACAACAACAGUUUGUUUUUAAUAAGGUCCACUUAAUUAUAUUUAUAUGCCUUUCAUUUAGUAUAUGACUAAAUUUUAGGACCUUCUAGGAUUUUCUGAAAGCCAAGUACAUGCUUCAAAAUUGCUGCCUCUCCUCCAAAAGACAUUGCAAAACCAAAAGCACCAGGAUCUUGCAAGAAGCUCCUAGAACCCAGGUCCCUGCAGGCAUGGGCAGCCUUGCUAGUGGUUGCUGCUGCUGUGCCUAGGCAUGGGUCUCCUCCUGGAUGGAGCUUUUUGCAGAUCCAGACCUUCCUGUGCUGCGCAGCCCUCAAAGGUGGGAGCAUCUAGAUGAUUCGUUGUGAAGCUAUUCCCUUAAAGGAAAAGUUGUCUUUGGUAACAGCAGCAAAACUCUGCAUCUCAACUACUCGAAAUAGCACUGCCUGCAUCUCAGUUGUGGCAAAACUCUAUUUCUUCUUUCGGGUAACAUUGAGUACAUACAAACUUUCUGUAUCUUGUACAUGCCAAAGGUUAUGCAAUCAAAUAAGGCAGCAGUCUCCCUUUUAGAACUAGAGGUGUUAGUGAAGACCAUGGCUAAAAUUACUGACAUGCAAUGUGCUUUCUUCUUUAGAAUUAACAAAAACUAACUCGGGACUUUCCUACCAACUCCCACUCAGAGGGUCCAAUACUCCAGUAGCUGCAACCACAGAGGUCGUUACAGACCAAACUGCUUCUCGGCUUCACACGCCUCUCAUCACUUCAAGGUGCUUAAUUUAUUUCAGCAUAUUUUCAGAGGGCCUGUCAGUGCAUAUUUGUUGCUACUAUUUAUUAUGAUUCUGUUGUGCUUCUUGCACUUGUUAUCAGAUACGACCAUUCACAUUUUUCAACCUUGCAAUUUUUAUCACGUACAUUUCUAUAGGCAGACCCCCAUGCUAUAUAGAGAGAGAUAAAUGUGUUCGCGAAACUUUUGAUUUGCUUCACUGUUUUUGUAUUCUCUUGUGCAGUUUUUAAAAGAAAUAUUUUUUAAAGUCUACCAGUCAUUCAUGGAUGUCCUUUUACCUAUUGCAUUUCUGUUGUAUUGGUAAAAAAUGGUGAGUGUUUUGCAUAACAUGCAAAAUACAUUUCUUGUUAAACACCAAGUAUUAGCCUCGCUGUUCAGAAUUUACUCAAGCACACACACGCACACACCAGAUCCUUUGCUUUAAACCUUUACAGCUCAUGGAAAAUACGUUUGAAUUAUGGUUCUGUUAUAAGCAAUUUCAAGAGGAGUGUAACCAUUUAAAACCAGGAUUCCUAUUCUGUAAGUGGAACAAACUGAUAUUCAAUGACAUUUUAAAGAUAAUUGUAAUAUUUGCAGUGGAUGAUGGGACAGGAUUAUGGUAUGAAUAAAAUUCUUCUACAUUA